AUGCGGACACUCCAGCGGCGUGUAGCCGUUAUCCUCUUGUGGAGCACUGUGUUGCUUCUUGUUGUUUGUAUUUCACUCAAUACUGUGCGGGUAAUGACGUCAGAGCCUACCGCCCGUGAGUUAUUACAGGAAGAACUACCCAAACAGCGGCGGAAUAUCAUGAGUCCCUUCGACGGUAAUACGGAUGUUCUUGUGACUACUUCCGCAAGAGGUUCGUAUCUCUGUGACUCAACAGAAAUCACCGUUCGGACACCUAUAGGGUGUGUUCUCUCGUGUGGCGCAGGGGGUCAGCAUGACGGCGGUGACUUCAACUGCCAUGUCCACACGUAUUACGUAAAGGCUAAGAGUAGGACGGCGGAUAUUGUGGUGAACCACUUUGGGCGUAUUCCGCGACAUCACAGGAACGGGCGACCGUACCUCACACUUUACUACUCGGGAGAAAGCAACCACUCUGACAGGAGAGGGCAAAGGCGAAACUUCGCAGUACUGCAUGACAGGGUUGUGUCAUUUCACCAGCACCGGCAGAACUACUUCACGUGGACCCAUCACCAUAAGCCCUACUUCAUGGACAUACUGCGGAGUAACAACAAGGAUGGCGGUGAGG